AUGUUUAAUAAUGGAUUACUUGUAGACCAAUCCAAAGAUGUUUAUGUUGAAAGGUUAAAAGAAGCAGUUGCAAUUCCAAGCGUAAGUGGUGAUUGUCAAUACCGAGAUGAUGUAUUUAAAAUGAGCGAAUGGCUUGUUAAAUUAUUUCAAAAACUGGGUGUUAGUUACGAAAUUGCUGAUAUUGGUACUCAUCAAAUGGCAGGAAAGACUUUAAAGUUACCACCUAUUUUAUUGGGUACUUAUGGAAAUGAUCCAAAGAAAAAGACUAUCCUUGUUUAUGGGCAUUAUGACGUUCAACCUGCGUUGAUUGAAGAUGGUUGGGAUUCAGAUCCUUGGAAACUUACUACUGAUUCUAAUGGUCGUAUGGUAGGAAGAGGCUCUUCGGAUGAUAAAGGACCAAUCAUUGGAUGGUUAAAUGCCAUUGAAGCUCAUCAAAAAGCAGGAAUUGAAUUUCCAGUGAAUUUGAAAAUUUGUUUUGAAGGAAUGGAGGAAAGUGGAUCAGAAAAUUUAGACGAAUUGAUUGCUAAAGAAGCAAAAAGAUAUUUUAAAGAUGUGGAUGCAGUUUGCAUCUCUGAUAAUUAUUGGCUUGGCGUAACUAAACCAUGUCUUACAUAUGGACUUCGAGGAAUUUGUUAUUUUGAGCUUAUUGUAAGUGGGCCUGGUAGAGAUCUUCAUUCUGGUGUUUUUGGAGGAACUGUUUAUGAACCAAUGACGGAUUUGGUUUACCUUUUAAGUAAAUUGGUAAAACCAAACGGCGAAAUUCUAAUACCUGGAAUUUUAGACGACGUUGCAGCAUUAACUGGAGCAUUUUCUGCAUCAGGCGCUAAAACAGUCAUACCUUGCAGUGUCAGAGGAAAGUUUUCAAUUAGAUUAGUACCAGACAUGGAUCCUGAGCGAGUUAAAAAUUUAGCGGAAGAUUAUUUAAGAAAGGAAUUUGAAAAACUCGGAACUAAAAAUCAAUUUAAAUUAGAGACCUUACAUGGUGCAAAAGCAUGGGUAGCAAGUCCAAAUCAUUGGAAUUUUGUUGCUGCAUCAAAGGCUGUUGAAUCAGUUUAUAAUUGUAGACCAGACUUUACACGUGAAGGUGGAUCUAUCCCAGUAACUUUGACUUUUCAAGAUUUAUUAGGAAAAAAUGUUCUUUUACUUCCAAUGGGUAGAGGCGAUGAUGGAGCUCAUUCUACUAAUGAAAAACUCGAUUUAUCUAACUAUAUACAAGGAAUCAAAUUGCUUGGUGCUUAUUUACAUGAAGUUUCAGCAAUUAAAACUGAUUAA